ACCAAUUGUCUUUGUAAACACACCCCACCUUCAAAGGUGUGCCGGGGAACGCCCAAAACAGAUAACAUCACAUGUGGGCGGUCGCAUCUUAUCUCCAACCCCCGGAUGGAUGGACUGGACUAUAUAAGGGAUUGGACGCAGAGGGCCUGGCGCAAGUCUGUCCCAGAGGUCCCCGACACGGGACCACAGAUGUGUGCUCCCGGGGUGCUCCCGCGCCGGUGCUCUGUCACCCAUUCGUCACCCCAUUUUACUGCCUCCACUGCACUGCCUUCCCGAAGGUGAAGCUUGCACGACACCCCUUGAGAAAGACGAGACGCUGAUUGGGAUCCGAACCCAUCGCCAAGACCCAUAUGAGAUGUAUUGAUCCAUGAUGGCUGCGGUCCUGUUUGAGUGUUGCGUGAAAGGGAAGUGCAAAAUAAACCGUGUGAUUCACGCAGCGUUAAGGGUGUUGGGUUCUUUAUUCCAGCACCCUGCGGAUCCAUACUUCCUGGCCUGCUCACGUAGCAAGUCCCAAAACCCUGUGUACUCCUCAGGUUCAUCUCUGGUGAUGCCUCCCCCAGGAAGCGCCUGCAGACUCCUCAGGUCUGAGGCCCCUUAUCUGGUUUCCAUGCCUUUCCCAUAACUCAGCAAAGGUUUAUGGCCCGGAAGGCCCCACCCAGGACUGGGUUUGCAGAUCGCUAGGCAUCACCUGAGACCUGUCCUGAGGACUGGGCUCUGGUUACACGUCUCUGAAUCACGGAUAAUCCCUGAUUUCCUCCAUCUGCGGACGCGUCCUCAGGCACUGUCUGCAACACACUUAGCUGGCUGAGCGAAUCCUGGGCUGGAACUGACACUCCAGGCAGGCACCCCGGAGCCCUGCUAGGGGUGGGGGGCCCCGAGGAAGAGGACCAGGCUCGGGUAGGGAAGAAGGCGGGGCCUGAGGCGGUGCGAGUCGGUGUCCCGGGCUGGGGACGGAAGUUGCUGCAGUACAAUUAGUUUCAGUUUUGUUCUCUUUCAGGCACUCAGCGACAGCGGCAUCCAGGCCUCGGCGCCCCACUCUCCACCCUGGAGCCCAGGGUUGGCUCGGGCUAGAGGUUUCUUCUAGGGAAGCAGGAAGAGAGGCUGAAAGGAAAGGACUCAAGGAGAUGAGGCAGAGGCUGCGGUGACCCCGAGGUCGAGCAGCUGGGAGGAGAAAGCAGGGCAGCCCCCCAUCCCUCCGCUCAGCCUGCCUUCUGCCAGCUCCAGAACACAUUUCGAAGUCAGGGCACACUUGAUGCAAGGCAAGGACCAUCUGCUUUCACAUUUGCUCAAUAUAUGUGAGGACAAGGCCAGCUCGCUAUCUCAAGAGUAAGUGGCCAGAGGCCCUAGAACCAGAAGAAAAUUCCUGGCCAUUCAGCAUGGUUUCCCAAGGAUCCUCACCCUCCCUGCUAGAGGCCCUGAGCAGCGAUUUCCUGGCCUGUAAAAUCUGCCUGGAGCAGCUGCGGGUGCCCAAAACAUUGCCCUGCCUGCACACCUACUGCCAGGAUUGCCUGGCUCAGCUGGCUGAGCGUGGCCACCUGCGAUGCCCCGAGUGCCGCGAGACGGUGCCCCUUCCACCAGCAGGCGUGGCUGCUUUCAAGACCAACUUCUUUGUCAACGGGCUCCUGGAUUUGGUGAGGGCCCGGGCUGGUGGAGACCUGCAGGCAGGGAAGCCAGCCUGCGCACUGUGCCCCUUGAUGGGGGGUGCCAGCACUGGGGGCCCAGCCACAGCCCGGUGCCUGGACUGUGCGGAUGAUUUGUGCAAGGCCUGUGCUGAUGGGCACCGCUGCACGCGGCAGACCCACACCCACCGAGUGGUGGACCUGGUGGGCUACAGGGCAGGGUGGUAUGACGAGGAGGCCCGGGAGCGCCAGGCGGCCCAGUGUCCCCAACACCCAGGGGAGGCCCUGCGCUUCCUGUGCCAGCCCUGCUCCCAGCUGCUGUGUCGCGAGUGCCGCCUGGACCCCCACCUGGACCACCCCUGCCUGCCCCUGGCUGAGGCCGUGCGUGCCCGGAGGCCAGGCCUUGAGGAGCUACUGAAGGGCGUGGACAACAACCUGGCAGAGCUGGAAGCCUCCCGGCUGGUGGAAAAAAAAUCUUUGGCCCGCCUGAGGGAGCAGGCGGCCCGGGUGGGGACGCAGGUGGAGGAGGCGGCCGAGAGGGUCCUUCGGGUCCUCCUGGCCCAGAAGCAGGAGGUGCUGGGGCAGCUACGGGCCCAUGUGGAGGCUGCCGAGGAGGCUGCUCGGGAGAGGCUGGGGAAGCUGGAGGGCCGGGAGCAGGUGGCCAGGGCGGCAGUCGCCUUUGCUCGUCGGGUGCUCAGCCUGGGUCGUGAGGCCGAGAUCCUCUCACUGGAGGGGGCGAUCGCCCAGAGGCUCCAGCAGCUGCAGGGCUGUGCCUGGGUGCCUGGGCCACCCCCCUGCCUGCUGCCACAGCUGGAGCUCCAUCCAGGGCUUCUGGACAAGAACUGCCAACUGCUACAGCUCUCCUUUGAGGAGCAGCAACCCCAGAAGGACAGUGGUAGAGAUGGAGCUGGAUGCCAGGGAGAUGAGGAAACCCCGAGCCGGAGACAGGAUGGAGCCCAGCCCCAGGGUAGGGAUGGGGCCCAGACCCCAAAGUCAGACAGAGCCCAGACACCUCAGGAAGAUGGAGCCCCAAAGGGCGAGAGACCCAAGUCACCCCAGGAAGAUAGAGCCCAGACGCCCCAAGAAGAUGGAGGAGCCCAGACCCCAAGGGCUGGCAGAUCCAACAAGAAAAGGAAGUUCAAAGGCAGACUCAAGUCAGUUUCCCGGGAGCCCAGCCCAGUGCCCGGGCUGAACCUGGAGGGCUCCGGCCUCCUCCCCAGGCCCAUCUUUUCCUGCAGCUUCCCCACGCGGAUGCCCGGAGACAAGCGCUCACCCCGCAUCACUGGGCUCUGUCCCUUUGGCCCCCGGGAGAUCCUGGUGGCAGAUGAGCAGAACAGGGCACUGAAGCGUUUCUCCCUCAAUGGUGACUACAAGGGCGCGGUGCCUGUCCCUGAGGGCUGCUCCCCAUGCAGUGUGGCUGCCCUGCGGGGCGCUGUGGCCUUUUCGGCCGGGGCGCGGCUCCAUCUCAUCAGCCCUGAUGGUGAGGUGCAGUGGCGCCGGGCCCUGAGUCUCUCCCAGGCCAGCCAUGCUGUGGCUGCAAUGCCAAGUGGGGACCGGGUGGCUGUCAGCGUGUCAGGCCAUGUGGAGGUGUACAACAUGGAAGGCAGCCUGGCCACCCGGUUUAUUCCUGGGGGCAAGGCCAGCCGGGGCCUGCGGGCACUGGUGUUCCUGACCACCAGUCCCCAGGGCAAUUUUGUGGGGUCAGAUUGGCAGCAGAAUAGCGUGGUUGUCUGUGAUGGGCUGGGUCAGGUGAUUGGGGAGUACCGAGGGCCGGGCCUGCAUGGCUGCCAGCCAGGCUCCGUGUCUGUGGAUAAGAAGGGCUACAUCUUUCUGACCCUCCGAGAGGUCAACAAGGUGGUGAUCCUGGAUCCGGAGGGGUCACUGCUCGGUGAUUUCCUGACAGCCUAUCAUGGCCUGGAAAAGCCCCGGGUGACCACCAUGGUGGAUGGCAGGUACCUGGUUGUGUCCCUCAGUAAUGGGACCAUCCAUGUCUUUCGGGUCCGCUCUCCUGACAGUUAAAGGGCUAGGACUGUGGAGGGUGGGGAGGCACUGGGGAGGGACUCGGGGGAGGGAGGCAGGACUGCUAUAGGAUGUGGGGGUUGAGGGCAUUUUUCCCAGAGGGGUUGGCCACCUUUUGAUGUGAAAUGCCAAACUGCUAACCCCUCUUCGGGUGUGCAGAGAUGGGGACCAAGGGUGGUGGCAUGACCAUAGCUUUCAGAGCGGGAGGGGCAAGAGGGAUACUGGGAGUUAACCAUGCCUCUUGCUUCCUGGGGGUGAUUGCUAUCACUGCCACACAGUUCAGGUUUCUGAGAUUGGUAAGCGUGUCCCAAUUUGCGUUCUUCAAAACCAUUCCUGAUGGAGUAGCCUAGCUAGAGUCUUGGCAGAAGGAAGGAGUCCUGUAAGCCAACAUGGGCUCUGGGUAUGUCAGGCAUGUACCUUCUGGAGAAGAGCUGAGACCCCAGCUCCCCCCACACCGGAACGGGCAUGCCAUGUCCAAAAGGACUGGGGUUUCCCAACAGCAAUAAAUGGCAUCUUCCAUCAGCCACAGCGGGAAGUAGAGGCUCCUCUGAUAAUAGUGACCCCAGUGGAGUACAGGGUGGGCUUCUUGGGGACCAGGUACAGAUGCCAGCUGAGGUCAAGAGGUGUUUACCUCAAAGUCCUCGCUGAGAAUGUGCUCCCAGAAGAUAAUCCUGCAGGGCUGGAGCCUAAAACACAGGGUUCUGAGUGUGAGAGAUAGGGAGCCUCCUGGGUCCCCCCAAGUGCCAUGCCGAACUGAGGCAAGAUCUAUGUAGGAUAUUAAGUCUUUUCUAUUUGAUGUCUUUAAACUCCUUGGAAUCUAUUUAAGUUCCUCCUUAGUUUUCCAACACAAUUCCUUCUGAGAAAUUUUGGCCUCACUCAGCUGAACUAAGGAGUGGAGGAAUUUGUCUUUCAGCAGGCCGUCAUUGCUGGGAAAACAGCUUAACCCUAGAGGCCAGGGGUGGGGUUGGGGGCCCCACCAGCUUGAAAACCUGAGAAGUUGGCAGUUGGGCUGGGAUGGGUGUAGUAGUCGAAACCAGAGGAAGGUGAGCUAUGACCACUGGUCCUUUGGAUAUGCUGUGGCAAUGGUGGAACCAAGGUGCACAUGAUUAGCCAGGAGCUGAUCCUAAUGGAGGGAUCAUGGGCAGUAGCGUGUUCAUGGCAACCAGAAGGAGUUUAGACAAGUCCAGAUGGAAAGUACAGGGUAUUAGAGGUGGGGAAAAGAAGAUCCUUUUCUGGGGGAUCACUUUACUUGUUUAUUGAAGUGAUAGGGGAAAUCAUCAACGCCAAGUGGACAAACUCAGUUACACAAAAAUGUGAAAUGUAAGCAGAGCAAAGCAUAAUGAAGAUGCAAGGAAAACCAGUAGGAUGAAGAAAUGCUAUGAGGAAUUGAUCAGAGUGAGAGCUGAGUCUCCAGUAUAUACUGCGAGUGAGCGACCUGCUUGGGCAAAAGGCCAAAGAGGCUGUGCAUUUGAGGGGAAAGCACGUGGCCAGGGCUGGUAAACUGAAAAGUGAAAUCAAGUCAACCAGUUGCACUGGUUAAAAUAUAUUUAAAAAAUAUGUUGUGGAGAAUGAGGCUCCUGGCACUAUAAAAUGAGGCUUUCUGGAGAGGAAUUUGGCAAUAUUUGACAGGAGUAAAGAAAAAAAUGACUAUAAAGACUAAAUUAUUUCACUUUGGGGAAUACAUUCUUGGGGGAAAAAUAAUCCGAAAGGAAGAAUGCGUACAGAGAUAUUUGUGGCCACCCGAUAUAUCAGUCAUUGGAAGCUGUUCAGCUGUGGGGGACAGCUAAGCAGAUUGUGGUCUUAUUAGAACAAGGAGCUACUGCCUUCAGAUAUGACAACUAUGUAAACUAUUUACAAGAAUGUGAUGUUAUGUGGUGCAAUCACUAGCAAAAAAAAAAAAGAAUUUGGAACUAUUAUCACAUAAUGAUAGAACAAGGGAAAAAGUACUCUGCAGAGUUCCCGAGGAGAAAUAGGUUCACAAUUUGUAAAUAGUGAUUUGGGAGAUGAUUGGGUUCUUUCUGAGUUAUUUCACGCUGGUUAUUCAUAUAUGCAUACUGCUCCUUCCGUUGUUAUGGUCCAUUAAGUAACAUAUAUGCCUGAAUAUUUACUUCGGAAAAUACACCUCUAGAAAUAAUAUUCAAGAAUAGCUACUAGAUUUGUGGGGAAAUGUGUCUGUCAGAGCAAGUGGGACUGUCCUGUUGGAGGAGGGGCAGGAGUCAGGAGGAGGGACCCAGCUGGACAUCAGGCAGGGAGGGAGGGCAGUCGGGGCAAGGACUGGAAACUGGCCAGAGACUGCCUCGGGAAGGUGGGCAGAGGUCAGGCGGUCCCCCGAGCAGAUAGAAUCAUUGUGGAGUGUCCAGAAGUCAGGGGAAGGUGCUGAGUCCCCCAACUAAUUUAGACCAACUGGAACCAUUAUGAAAACCAGAAGUAAAGGAUGAAUUGCAUAGGUGGUGGGAGGGAGGGGUGUCUUUUUUUGCACUUUUAUCUGCAGUUAGCACAGUGAUGGCUCAUAGCAUGUGCUCAGUAAAUGUCUGUGAAAUGACUUUAUAUCUGGAAAAGGAAGGGGACAAUUGUAAGACUCUUUCCAGAGAUAACUCACCUCCAGUGUCAUAGCUGCAGCCAACCAUGUUCAAAACUUUGGCUUUGGGAACUUCCCAGUAGGGGGACGCUGGACAUGGUCCAACAUAGGCCUCCCCAAGAAGUGGACCCGGGCGAGUCACAAAGGAGAUGAGAUGGGGGUGUCCUGCAUAUGUGUGUGGAGGGGGGCCUUGGGGGUCAUUGGCUCUAAGGGGUCAUAUACUUUCGGCUUAGAAUAACAGUUCUGCAGGGCUGCAUGGGAUCACAGGCGGAGGGCCUGGCUGGGGAAGUGGUCCAGCCAAACGGCUCACCCAAGGGGAAUGUCACCUGGCUGGAAGAGGGGGAUCCACAGAUGCUCCAGAAAUGAGGAGCCACAUGGCUUUCCAGGAAGGUGUUAGAAUCCUUGGAGGCCAGGCACUAGCAGAUUGACAGAAAUACCAAAUUUCCCUGAUUCAGGGGUAAAAUUGGGAAGGUACUAAGCCCUGGCAAAAUGUGAAAUGGCUGAGAAGUACAGAACUGAGCAAAAUUUGGAGAUAAAAUCCCCAGUACCUUAACUGUGACCUGGGAAUCCUAGAGAAUCCCACAAAAAAACACCACUCAGCCCUGAGAGAAAGAGUUCUUGGUUAAAUUAGAGAUGUUAAGAAAUUAGGAACAUCGUGAAAGAUACGAAACCCCCACCCAGCCCCACAUUGGACUGUGACAAUCAAUUGAGCAAUCGUUCAUUUUCCUGUUUGGAGCUUUUCCGGGUUGUGCAUGCACUGGUGAAAGGAGCAUGACGUUAACGUAGGGAGAAAGGGAGUAGAAAGCCUCUUUCAUAUUCUUUGUGCCUGAAAAAGGAAAGUGAAUGAGGGUAGCAGAGACGGGGGUUAAAUAGCUGUGUGAUCUUGGUCUAGUUCCCUAACCUCUCUGAACCUCAGUUUCUAUAUCAGUGAAAUGGGAAUAAUAGUAUCUACCAUGACCUCCUCACAGGGCUGUUGGGAGGAUAGGUGAGAAGUGUAGAGAAGUAUUUUGUAUCCCAUAAAGCUCAAAUCUGUGGUAUUGGUUAGGAAAAAUUCAGCUGACUUGUACUGACCUAAUACUCAUCCGUCAGUGUAGGCUCGAACGAGGAUGUUACGUGCACAUAUUUUGAGGUGAAACUUCGAGAACAUCUGAGUAGAGUUGUUACCUGUUUCUCCUUUGACAGGAGACUGUUGAGCUAAGAUAGAAUGGGGGCUGGAGGAAUGGAGGGGACCAAUGGCUAGCUGGCUGAGACUCAGUGCUAUUCCUGAAAGCCAGCUGAGAAUCAGACAGUACUAAUUAAGGACUGGUAAACCAUAGACAUUUAGGAAAAGUACAAAAGGCUUUUGAUAAUUUAGAGAAAACGUAAUUUGGGAGGGAAUAGCUCUCAUUUCACAGUAGUCUUAUUAUUACUGUAUCUAUAAAGCCAUGACAUAAAAUAAAUCUACAGAGAUUAAAUUCCAAAGGGGCAUUAGUCCAAGAGACACCUUCCAAGGGAAUCCGUAAAGUUGGUGACUUGAACUGGGCAGGGUUCCCUAGGUGGGUGCCAAGAUCAAGGUGUUUGACCAUCUCUCCUUGGCAGGUCAGCUGAGAACUAGAGCUAUCCCAUAAAUAAAUUAGGUGCAGAAGUCUGUUUUGGGGAGAAAGCAGUCUUGGACUUGCUGGGACAGAGUGCUCAAGGGGAGGUUCCAAGCAGGAGAAAGAUUGAGUUUAGAGACAAGCUUAGGAGAAUAGUUUGUCUGAAGUUGGCAGAACCAGCCUACCUAACUGGUUCAUGACUACAGUUUAAUUAAAUGGAUCAGAACAGCAGCAAAAAUAGGUCUUCUAGGGACCACAGAUGCCUUUGCCUGGAGGAGUGGAGUAGGAAAAGCAAGGUCAGGCUGGACCUCACCUGAACCCCGCUGCCCCAGGUGGGAGGGGAAUCUCUGGGACCACGUAGAGAAGGGCCUGUAUAAUAAAGAGGCAACUGGGAAGGAGGUUUGGGAAGGCAACCAAUUUCUGGAGAAAGUUUGAACUGAUUGGCUCAGCAGCCAAGAGAGAUGGGGUUGAAAAUGGAAUCGGGGCCCCAGUACCCAUGCUGUCGGCCCGGCAAAUAAUCUUAGUUACCAUGGGCUGAAGAAUCUGUGCUAUAAACUCUUUCAUUCCUUUGACUGUGUACUUUAUAGCUUUCUUCUGUUUCUUAAUAAAUUCUUUUGGAGAAUUUGGA